AUGAGUACUGAAAAACUGUCAUGGAAACCCAAAAGAAAGGUUCGUGAAUAUGAGCUUUCAAAGGAUAACUUCUCUAAAACUGGAAACUUUGGUUUUGGAAUCCAAGAACAUAUUGAUCUUGGAAUUAAAUAUGACCCCAGUAUUGGGAUUUAUGGCAUGGAUUUCUACGUAGUGCUGGGACAUCCUGGUUUCAGUGUUGCUGAACGGAAAAGGAAGCAAUCCAGAAUUGGCUACAAGCAUCUGAUAUCAAAGGAUGAAUCCAUGAAGUGGUUCCAACAGAAGUAUGACGGUAUAUUGUUGCCAUCAAAGAAGAAGAAGUGAUGUAGUGGUUUCCUUUUUUUUUGUAAAUUCUUUGCCUUCAAAUCUGCCCAAUUAAAUGCUGGAUGAAUUA